AUGGGGUCUCUCAGAUCAUUUAUCAAAUCCGUUAGGAAAGCCAAAACCAUCGCCGAUGAGAGAAAAGUCAUCCAAAAGGAAUCGGCAGCUAUCCGAACCUCGUUUCGUGAUGUCAACCUCGAUCAUACCACCAGACGCAUCAAUAUCUCAAAAUUACUAUACCUCUACAUAAUGGGCGAAAAGACCCAUUUUGGCCAAGUUGAAUGUCUCAAGCUAUUAGCAUCGCCGCGCUUUGCCGAUAAGAGAUUGGGCUAUUUGGCAUGCAUGUUGAUUCUCGAUGAAAACCAAGAAGUGCUUACUUUAUUGACAAACUCCUUGGACAACGAUAUGCAACACCCAAACUCCUAUAUUGUCGGCUUGGCGCUUUGCUGUCUUGGAAACAUUGCCUCGCCGGAACUUGCCCGAGACUUGUACACCAAUGUCGAAACGAUCUUGGACUCGAAAAACAAUUUCUUGAAAAAGAAAGCCUGCUUUGUUGCUGCAAAAUUGGUUGAAAAAGAACCCGAUUUGUCGGAGUUUUUCUUGCCCAAGGCCUUGCUGUUGAUUAACGAAAAGAACCCCUCGGUGUUGUUGGGCACAUUGAGAUUGAUUGACGUAUUAUACCACGCAUCAGAGGAAAAUAGAGAAAGCUUGACUAGGACAUUACCCAGGAUUGCAAACCAUUUGAAAAGAGUCACUUCCAGUGGAUACCAACCAGACUACGACGUCAUGGGCACCACCGACCCCUUUUUGCAAGUGAGCCUCUUGUCCACGAUUCGAACUUUGGCAGCGGGCCAACACAACACCGAGGAAAUCAACGAUAUUCUCACUCAAGUGGCAUCCAAUUUGGAAAGCGGGAAAAACGCAGCACAUGCAAUCUUGUAUGAAUGCGUCAAGACUUUAUUCGCGAUUGACUCUGACCAGUCGUUGAAGAUCUUGGGAGUCAACAUCUUGGCCAAAUUCUUAUCAACAAAGGAAAACAACACGAGGUACGUGGCAUUGGACACUUUGUUGAGCAUAGUCAACAUUGAGCCCUUGGCGGUGCAGAGACACCGCGCCACCAUCGUCAACUGUCUCAGCGACGGCGACAUCUCCAUCCGGAGACGAGCCUUGGAGUUGUCCUUUGGCAUCAUCAACGACCAAAACAUCCGCGUCUUGACCCGGGAAAUUCUUCCAUUUUUGGAAAACUGCUCGGAUCCAGAAUUGAAAACUUACACCACGUCGCAAUUGACUAUUGCCGCUAACAAAUACUCGCCCAACGACAAGUGGCACUUCGAUACCUUGAUCAGAACGCUUAAAGCUGGUGGAAACUCAGUGACGCAAGACAUCAUUUCCAAUAUCCUCGCGUUGAUCUUGCAAUGCAACGACCAGGAGUUGAAGAAACACGUGGUUGAAAAACUACUAGCUUCGUUUAUGGAAGAUGGCGACCAGUUUGGAUUGGCGUUGAUCACGGUUUGGUCCUUGGGCGAAUAUGGAGAUGUAGUGUUGGGCUCAGUUUUGGAAGUCAAGGGCGAGUCCAUCACGGUGCAGGAGUCAACCAUCGCCAACGUGUUUGAUGCCCUCUUGGAGAACUCUACAUAUACCGAUCACGAACUAGUUCAGCUCACGGCGUUCAUCCUCACCGCGGUGCUCAAGUUAUCAGUCAAGUUCAAAUCCCCUAAAGUUAUUGAACAUUUGAGGCGAAUCAUCAACUCGAAAACGUACGAUCUGAAUUUGGAGAUCCAGAUACGGGCAGUCGAGUACCAGGAAAUCUUUGGACAAGAUGCGACCUUAAAACGCGGUUUGCUCGCGAGAAUGCCGCCGCCACCGGUAAAGGAGAGAGAAGCCUUGACUUUGCAUAAAUCCUCCACCACUGCCAAAAGGGGAGACCACGGUGCUAUUGCAUCCGGGGUCGCGGCUGCUCAGGAUAAUUUAUUGUUGCUCGAUUUGAUAGACAACGACGACGUGCCAUCUUCCGCGGCUCAAAACGACGUCUUGUCUGAUAUUUUUGGCAGCAACUCCAAUUCCAACUCCAGCUCCAUUUCGAAUAGCGUCUCGGCGCCUCCAAAGUCGGCAAUCGCAGCAUUUGAAAACGCCAACGUCAGGGUCAUGUUUGUGCCUCGUGAGUUUGCCGGCAAUGGUGAAGCAAUCACAGAGGUGUUGAUAACACCAGCCACGAGCCCGCUGCACAAGUUGCAGAAAUUGACCCAUUUCCAACUUUUGAUUGCCGUGCCCAAGACGCAAAAAUUAAGCAUCACCUCAACGUCAGGCGGCGACUCGCUUAACCAUCCACAAGAUCAAAUCAAGCAGAUCUUGAAAGUCACGGGUAAACCGGGCGCCAAGCUCAAGUUGAGAGUCAAACUAAAGUACCAAGUCGACGCUGUUCCACAGGAAAACCAAUUUGAUUUUGCAGAAUUUCCCCAAUCACUCUAG